AGUGAUCUUUCCUCUCUUCCCUUCGGAUGUUUUAUCCUUCAGCAGGUCGCAUCGCUUUGCUUUUGUGUUUCCAUGGCCGCUGAUUGAAUGGCUGUCAUGACUUGUGCCCUCAUGACUAUGAAGCAACGAAAGCAGGAUGAAAAUCCCUCGUUUGGUGUUAAUGCGUCCUUUCAACCUCUCAGCAAUUACACCCGGUAAUUAGACUGGGAAUCUCGGUGAAAAUCUACUCAUCAGACAAUGGAAAGACCAUCAGUUCAUCGACAUAAAGGACAAAGACGUUUCCUGGCUGUGAUUUUAUUUAAACAUUGCCAUGGGGAAGAGUUUGGACUGAAACACAAGGAGAUUUGACAACUCAGCGGAAGAGAGAUUCUGGAGAGAGAUUCUGGAGGUGAAGACAUGGUCAUCACUGACAGAAACAGCGGCACCCCUGUACCUAAGAAGGAGCCCCAGAAGAAGACGAGGAGGAAGUCUCGCCCUCAUGGCCUGCCCUCUCCGGCCCUCUGCUGUGCCUGUGGCCUAUGCAUCAUGCUGGCUGGACUCAACAUCACCCUGGUGGGAGCGUUCGCCUUCAGCACACUGGUGCCUUCUGCCAAUCCCCCAAUCAUCAUCGGACCUAUCCUUCUGCUGGUGGCCUUUUCCUUUUUCGGGGCUUGUUGCGUGUGCAGCCGCCUCCCCCCUCCCCACAGCUCACGGAGGUCGAAGGUGGGCGGCAGGGGUGGCGGGCUGAUGGGACAUGGCGGGCUGGCUGGCGGGGCAGCGUUCGAAAUAGAGACCAGUGAGCACACGCUGCAGGAUACUACAGCUGUGCAGCUAAGUCCCACGUCAUCCCCUGGAUCAUCCCGGGCAUCCAGCCCAGAAAUGGAGGCUCCUGAUGUGGCCCUACCAGGGCCCUGCAAGCUCUUCACCAUGGAGACUAACGGCCCUUCGUCUGUUUCCGCCACUGCAGUCUACUCAGCCUCCACAGCAGCAGGAGGGGAGGUGAGGCUCAACCUGCCACGUGAAGAAGUGGUCACCUAGCAGAGCAGAAACUCUUCCAAGGCCGUGUGCUGCCAGUGUAAAUAUUCUUCUUGGCUGAGGGCUUGCUGAGUGUGAUCGUGUCCUCUAGUUUACGUGGUGCCAUAUUUCUGGUUGUGAACAGUAUGCUUUUGAUCUUCUUGCUGUGCAGCCAACUGGUGAUUAGCAUGCAAAGUUAAUAAAACAUCCAAGUGUUUGUGGCUCAUAGGUUUCGGAAUUCAAAUUCCUACCUCUCUUGUGCUGUUUUUCUCCUACAGGUCUUUGUUUUUAAAGUGGGGCAUUAUCAACACUGUCUGAAACUAUGAACAUUUAUCUUUCACUGCUUCUCUGGCUGGUGGAAACCUCACCUGUCGGCAGUGAUUUCAGAGGGCUGGAAUGAAAAAUAUGAUUGUUAAUUUGUUCUGAAAACGUAAAGAUUAGAUGUGAAAGGUCAACAGUGAACUGUACAGGUACGUUUGUAGUGACAUUUGGCAUUUUGUGUGCCGUACUCAGUGCUGAACUUGUUUUGGGGGCAUAAGAUAUUAUAGGUCACAGGGGUCCCAAAGCAAUAUCCUCUCACCUGAGAUUUAAUUCUCUGCAUUUAUUCUUCUUUUUAAGUGAUUACAUGCAACAAUACAUUUGUAACGAACAACAGUGUUUAACAGUAUAUGGAAUGCAAUGUUGGAUCAUGGAAGCGUUGUUUCACAAACAUCUGUUAUCACACCAACAUAAAUGCUGUGAAUGUUAAUACAUUCUUUCCUGAUUUCACACGUAGACUUACAUUAAAGGUAGUCGAAACUCAGUUUAAAGGUCAUGUUGAUAUUUUCAGUAAUUCGUAUACAGUGUAAUGCAGUUGAGUGGAUUAGGGACUUACCUCAAUGUAAGGCAUAAAAUGCACCAUAAUGAUAUUUAUAAUCAUGGAUUUGUAUCUGCAGUGGGACCCAAGACAAGAAUGUUUUACAAAUGGAACCAUAUUAAUUUCACAGUACUGAAUUCCUAUUUGUAAAGCCUGUUAUGAGAAACAUUAAGUUAACUUCCACUGGACCUUGUAUACACAAUAUAGGCAAGCCAAGAAGUCUGACACUGAGUUUAGAUUUUCAGAUUGCAUAAAAAGUAUCUGUUCCCCAUCACUGUGAUGUCUUCUUGUCAGUUUUGAGCUGGUUUAAAAAGACAUUAAAACCCUGAUUUCCUUUGAAAGGAAAGCUGCCUUAGACUGAGAUAUCAGGAUCAAACUAAUGAGGGCUACAACAAAAGUGCACAACAGCAUUUCUCUUCAGAAAGCCUUUGUUUGGCUCUGGAUUUCUAUUCCAUAUUGUUAGGAAAGCCUCAACAAGUUCUUGUUUUUUUGUGGGUGAAACAAAUGCAUGCAAAUGGUUUAAAUGUUCCAUUUCAGCAGAAAUAUAUAUGGAGUAGCAGGAGAGUAAACACUUGUGUACAGAUACACAGCACUCCCUUAUACAGUGUUAACCUUCAUUAUUUGUGACACAGCUCCUCAAAAGGACCAGUUUCUCUGCCAAAGCUCUCCCUCUUGUGCUGAGCUUUUUUUUUGCAUGUCCAGAGAACUGAUUCAUGGAAAAGCAAACACCUUGUUGUGAACUAUUGGUGUUAUCUAUGUAUUUUAGUUUGUGAAGCACUUCUACAAAAAUCUGGAAAAUGUAAAGGAUAGAAUAUUUUUGUGAAGAUUAUAAUUUGUUUAUUUAAAAAAAAAAAAAAAAGUAACUACCCAAAUGUGAAUCAUUCAAAAGAUAUGAAUAAAAAAGCUCUUUCAGUAGAACAUGAGGUUGCUCAUUAUGUAUGUGCGGCAUAACACCGUGUUCUUGCUAUAUUGCAUUUUGUGUCAUCAUCAAGUGAAAUGAAUAAAAAUGUCCAACUGGA